AUGAAUGGGUUUUUUGUGUUUGCAGUGAUAGCGCUCGAUUUGGACCCAAUUCGAUUGCGUUGUGCGAGGCGAAAUGCUGAAAUUUAUGGUGUCGCUGAUCGUAUCAAUUUCAUGUGCAUCGAUUUCUUUCAUUUUUGCAAGAUGGAGAAUGACAAAGUGAAGUCUUUGUGGAAUCAUUCAUUGGAUUCUCGGCAACGACCAAAGAAUUCGAAAAAGAAACUUGUGAAUAAUUUUGAAAAAGCGGUCGAAGUGGGCGAAGAAGUUGGAAAUAAGAAGUUGGAAAUUGAAGAAGAGGAAAACGCACUGGUUAAAGAAGAGCCAGAUGAUGAAGACGAACUUUCAGUUGCGGCGCAUAGUUGCGGUUACGUACCUCGCUUUGAUGCAGUUUUUCUUAGUCCGCCAUGGGGUGGCCCGGCGUAUCGCGAUGCAAAGGUAACGUUGAAGUCAUAA